GGGAAAUUUUAAAUUUAACACAGGAGUAGAAGGAAUCAACCAGUGCUGCCACUGCAUUAAUUGUGUCAGUAUUUUUUGUUAAACUAACUAACAAAAUGCCUGCUACUUCUGAAAUACACACAGCGGCACCUUGUAACAACGAAGAGCCUAAGAAAGAGGAUAGGCAGGUGGGACAAAGUUCGUUUUCUCUCUUCUGUGAUGAACGCGGGUAUCUGAACCAAUGUGAAUACAUUUUGCAACAUGGACAUCGAAAGGGAGACCGAACAGGAACGGGGGUCAUCUCUGUUUUCGGUUCACAAACGAGAUACAGUCUCCGGGAUCAGUUUCCUUUGCUGACGACGAAAAGGGUUUUCUGGAAAGGAAUUCUCGAAGAACUACUGUGGUUUAUCAAAGGCUCAACAAAUGCCAAGGAGCUCACAGAGAAAGGGGUGAAGAUCUGGGAUGCAAAUGGAUCGAGACAGUUCCUGGACAAAAUGGGGUUUACAGACCGGGAGGAGGGAGACUUGGGACCCGUGUAUGGUUUCCAGUGGCGGCACUAUGGUGCAGAAUACAGUGACAUGCACAAAGAUUACACAGGAGAAGGUGUGGACCAACUACAGAAGGUUAUUGACACUAUCAAGACUAAUCCAGAAGACAGGAGAAUCAUCAUGUGUGCAUGGAACCCCAAGGACCUGCCCCAGAUGGCGCUGCCCCCCUGCCAUGCCCUGUGCCAGUUCUAUGUCAUUGACGGGGAGUUGUCGUGCCAGCUGUACCAGCGCUCGGGGGACAUGGGCUUGGGAGUCCCCUUCAACAUCGCCAGCUACGCCCUCCUCACCUACAUGAUCGCACACAUCACAGGACUCAAGCCUGGGGACUUUGUGCACACUCUGGGAGAUGCUCACAUCUACAGCAACCACAUCGAACCCCUCAAAGUGCAGCUCCAGAGAGAGAUUCGGCCCUUCCCCAAGCUGAAACUCCUCCGGACGGUUGAGAAAAUAGAUGACUUCCGUGCAGAAGACUUUGAGAUUGUUGACUACAAACCCCACCCCACCAUCAAAAUGCAGAUGGCAGUUUAAAUGGGCUUCAAUUAACUAAUAUAUGGGUGGCGGUUGUCAUUUUAAUCGAUUUAAAUAUUCAGGUGCAGUGUCUCCCUGUUGCCUUUUUUUUUUUUUUUUUGAUUCAAUUGUGUAUUUUGUUUGUCACGUGAUUUUUGUAAAUAAAGAAUUUAUAUAUUUAGUUGACUUGUUAGUUGGCACAGAGCCUUGGAAACCUGUUCUAUAUUAAACAAUUUUAUUGAGACAGAACAUUACAGAGUAACAUCCCAUUUUAGAAAAAGACUAAAUGGAAUCAACUCUAUAUUUUGUGCAAUGAUAACCAUUGAAAUGCCAAUUUGUAAGUCGCUUUGGAUAAGAGCGUCUGCUAAAUGACUUAAAUUAAAAUGUGAUUACUUUAUCAUCUUGUCUAACAA